AUGAUUCAAUCAUAUACUGGCUGUGUACCAUACCUAGUGUUUACGCAUAAGGAUUUAUUUAUCGAAAAAGUGGAAAAAGGAAUUCCCCUCAAAGAAGAAUACUUGUCAGAGAAAGGAAGUUUUGAUUUAGGUCUCCAAGGUUCAACCACAACUCGAACCAACAAUGACAAGUCCAGAGAUUUAAUUUCACAAAUCAAGUUGUCCAAAACGGAGGUAGAAUCCAUUCAAUCACGGUUAAGAGCUCAAAUAAGUGGUAUUAAGGAACAAACGUUUGCAACGUUCAUCAUUUCGAAAUAUGUGGAGUGUGCUCUGGAAGAAACCUUACGAAGCAUGAUCAUUGCUAACACAUUUGUAAUAGAUGCCACCGAUGAGAAGGAAAGUUCACAAUUCAUACAAACAGUUCUGGACAAGAGAGUAGUCAGCGAUUUUGAGAUUGAUUAUGAAUUAGGUUUAGGAUCUAGUUUAGUUAUAGGAGGAAAGUUCAAUUCAUUCUUCAAUUCAAUGCAGAAAUGA